AUGGGUCUGGGUCGGCAUUUAGUGAAUGAUGAGUCAGAUAGACCAUGUUCACAAAAGUCUCAAUCAAAAAAUGUCGACAAAACCAAUCGAUUAUAUUCAUUUGAUAUGAUACCUGCAUAUCUUCAAUCAAAUCCAUAUAUUCGAACAGGCUAUCGACAUGGUUUAACUUUUAAAGGUUGUUUAAUUAGUUUACUUUAUUUAAAUAAUGAAUCAGUAAAUGUUUGGUCGCAUGCAAUUGGUGCUGCUCUUUUUAUAUACUUUUUCUUUCGUGAUAUUUUUAUGGGUAAAGCUUUACCAUUAUUGACAUCAUCAGCUGAUUAUUAUAUCAUAUUAUUUUAUACUUUUUCUGUUAUUAUAUGUAUGGUAUGUUCGGUUGCUUUUCAUCUUUUUGGUUGUAUGUCAUCACGAGCAUUUGCUGAUUUUCUUAAAUUAGAUUUAUGUGGUAUUGGAUUUGGUAUUCUUGGUUGUUAUUUAUGUGGUCUUCAUCUUGCUUUUGAAUGUUAUCGUAGUUGGAGAUUACGAUAUGAAACAAUAAUCAUUGGUAUAAUGUUUAUUGCUGUCGUCUAUUAUGUACAUGGAGUAAAACAAUAUAUAACACGAAAUAUUCAUGUAACUUUAUUUGUAACUAUAUCACUUCUUGGUAUAUUACCGGCUUUACAUUGGUACUAUCUUCAUGGUGGUUGGUCGAAUCAUCAUGUACAAUAUUUUUUUCCGAAAUUAUUUAUACUUUAUGGAAUAUUAGCUAUUGGUGCAUUGGCUUAUUUAACAAAAUUUCCUGAAAGAUUUUUUCCAGGUUAUUUUGAUAUUUUAUUAGCUAGUCAUCAGAUUUGGCAUUUUUCAGCAUUAGCUGCAUUUAUUUGGUGGUAUCAAAAUGGUAUUAAAUUAUUACAGUAUUAUAUAACCAAUUCUUGUAAUGCUCAACUCAAAUAA